GUAAAUAAUUUACGUUUUGGAGUUUAAAUAAAUUUGUAGGGUUCAAUUGAUUCAGAAAAAUGUAUAAAACGAACAGUGAUAACAUAAAUGAUGCUCAAGUCAUGAUAGAUUCAAAUUUAAAGCCACAUGAUGAAGUUACUGUUGGUGACUAUUUUCUGGAAAAAGAAAAAAUUUUCCUGGAAAAUUCUUCAAUUUCUGAAAAGAAGAAUGAGGUUUGGAGUGAUGAUUAUAUUUCAAUAAUAAAAGAAGAAGGAAUCAAUCUACUGAAGUAUUAUGUAAAAUUAAACAACUCGCCAAUGCAAUUGGUAUUAAAUUUAACAAACAGUUUAAAUUUUAUCAACAACAAAAUUCUACUUGAACAAAAUAAUAACAAUUUUUUGGCUAAUGAUCCAAAGUCAAUUACUGGUGAUUUAGUUUUUGAUAAAAUUAAACUCGAAAAAGAUUUGAAUGAAAAUGGGCAGACGACAAGUGAAGUGAGUUGCAAAGAAUCAUGUGAAAAUUUGAUCAUUAAGACCGAAGAUGACGUUACCGUUCAGGAAAAUUUGAUUAUCAAAAAUGAUUUAAAUGAAAGUAAUAGUCAGGAAAAAAAAUUACAAAUAACUGACGAAAAUUCAAAACAUCUUGAAGACAUUGAGAUUUUAAAUAGAUCUAUUUCUUCAAUGGACUUAAACUCAUCAGAUUUAUUUGAAAUUUCAAAAGACCCGCCGUUUAAUGAGCCUAUGAAUGUAGUAGACUCUGAUUUAGAUUCAAAUAAUAAAGAAAAGUCACAAGUAAAUUUAAAAAAAGUUACGGUUCCUGUUACCAAAAUUCCUGUGUCAAGUCCAGUUGUCUUGGACAGUAAAAUUUCACUUGAAGUAACUGAUGACUGCAAUGAGCAGAGUAAUUUCGUUACAACAAAUGAAAAUUUAUUGGAUGCUACUGAAUCCAAGGAGUCAGUGAAAAAAGUUUAUAAUAAAUCGACUAAUUUAGUGGAAUUGCUGAAGGAUGCGCAUAAAUUGAAAAAUAUCAAUCGAGAUUCAGUUUCGAAAAAAUCAAAACGCAAAGCCAAUGAUGAUACUUAUGAGAUUUCGGUAAGAAAUGAUAGUAGGAAGCGCCGUAAAGCUGAAAAAAGUGAAAGUAAUUGUAAUGUUGGUUCAUUAAUGGGACGAACUGCGCAAUCGAGUUGUUUUGAAAAACAAGGAUUUGUUAUUCCAAAAAGUUAUCAGCCUUUCGUUCGACUCAACAGAAUUGUUCUGCCUAAAAAUGACGCUGAUUCUUCAGCUAUCGAGUCGAGAAAUGAUAAAUUUGAGACAGCGGAGACUACUAAUGCUUACAAUUUAAGGCGAUCUGGUAAAAAUAAUAAUUGCAAGAAGUGCGGGAAGAAAUUUGAGUCACCAAAGCUUCUGAAAAUGCAUAUGAAGCAUCAUGCCGAUAGCAAGCCGUUCAAAUGCAGGAAAUGUAGUUACGCGUCUGAAUUUAAAGGGAAUUGGAGCCGGCACGUCAAGAUUCACAUCAAAGAAGAGAUGGUGACUAAAGCGCAAUCGAGAGAAUCAAAAAGUCGCGCGCGUUCUCAGACAAAUGAACAUGAGCAUAAAAAUGACAAAAGUUUUACUUGCAAUGACUGCGGCGAAUUAUUUAAUUGUAAAAAAUUAUUAACCGAACAUUACAACGCUUAUCAUAAUUCAGGAUUUAAAAAUAAUCAGUAUUCGUGUUCUAUGUGCUCACGAACAUUCAGGUACUACGGUCGAUUUUCCCGUCACUUGAGAAAUUUCCAUGGUACAGGUUCACUGGUGCAGAGUAAAAUUAAUUAGAUUAAUAUCUUCGAACGAUUAUAAUUUCUAUUAGGGAUGUGCGAAUAAUUUGAACUUUCGAUAAUUCCGAAGUUUUCUUUUGACCGAGUACAUAUUGCAAUAUUAUUUUCGAUAAUUCAAAUUUGUGUCAGAAGAAAAAUAGAGCUGACAGGAAUCUAUGAAAAAAUAAUUUUUUGAUACUUUGAAAAUUACGCUCUCUAUUAAAUAAAAAUUUAAUAUUUGAAAAACUGAUCAAAAUUUUGCCCCUCGCAGAUUUGAAUCACGGUGGAAACACCGUGGAAGUGUAAACACCGUGGAUCCACUGUGGUUACACGGUGGGUUUGUUCCAUUUCACCACCGGGUAUCCACCGUGAUUCCACAGUAGCUUUGUGCUAUCUCACCACCGUGGUUCCACGGUGUAUCCACCGCGUAAUCACAGUGGUAAAAUAGAACAAACCCACUGUAUUUCCACCGUGAUUCAAAUCUGUGAGGGUGUCGAUUUGAAUCGAGUAAUUUCAAAAGUUACAAAUAAUUCAAAAGCUUUCGGAUAAUUCAGAAAGUUUUGAAUUAUUGGAUUUGAACCCGAUUCGCACUUCCCUAGAUCAUAUAUAUAUUUAUUUUCUGUCAUAUUUUUUUAAAAUCGCGCCAUUUACUAGCCGACUAUUCUUUACAAUUAUGUACUUGUCAAAUUAUUUUUUUGUACUUUAGUUUCUUCGCUAAAAUUAAUUUAUAAAUUAAAAUAAAAAAUGUAUAUUUAAAAUUAAAUUCUUUAAUUUGACGACUAAUUUAUCACUUAAUUUUCAGUAAUUACUGAAACUAAAUAAAUAGCCCUGAUAAUUAAAUCAGACUUUGAUUGUUAUAAUUUAUAUAUACAAUUUUACAGUUGGAUUAGCGAGACUGCGUUUCGGAUAUUUUCGGUUUUUACCCCCAUCAUUUAAAUUUAAUACCAAUCGCUUGCCCUUUGAUGGUCGGAGUAAAAGACCGAAAAUAUCCGAAACUCACUCUCGCUAAUCCAAUUACAAUUUACUGUAAAAUAAAAAGUAGAGGUGGCGCUAAAUAAUUAACUGUCAUUGCGGUGUUGAUACUAAAAUAGUCGUAAUUAAAAAAUGUCGCAGUUAAAAUUAAAUUGUGGGUCAAUUAUUGACAGUAAUUAUCUCCAAUCUCCUAUCCAACCUCCGAUAUUGGUCACUGAUGAUCCCAAUCAUUUGGUAGCAAAUAACGAAUCCCAUAAAAUUUGUGGCAGUGAAUAUGUCUGCCAUGGGUGUAAUAAAUUAUUCAUAUCAGCAGAAAAGUAUAAUGAGCAUGUGCUGAUCAAUCAUAAAAAUAUAAAGUAUACCCAUGAAAAAAAAGAAAAUUAUUUAUACUGUAAUAUGUGUCUUUAUAAGACAAAAAGGGCUCAAGACUUAAAAAAUCACAGCAACAAGCACUUUAGUGAUAAAUUCUGUAUAUGUUACCUUUGCGGUAAGAUAUUUAAAUUCAAAUCUUCAUUAGAAAUCCACUGGAAUACUCAGCAUGGCCUCCCGAUUGAGUUGAUUGAUAAUCGUCAGUAUCCUGAGAAUCGUGUUGAUAAAAACCUGAGGUAUUUACUCUGCCAGGAAAAAUUUUUAAACACUAAAAGCUUAAAACCUGUUGAUACGGAGCAUAAAAAUGACACUAAAAAAUGCAGUGUGUGUCUUUAUGAGACAUUUAUUUCGGGUCAUUUGAACCAGCACAUGAGGGCACACAAGAAUAAUAAACUAUACAUCUGCUUUCAUUGUGGCGCAUCUUUUAAAAUCAAAGCAACAUUGAAAGAACACUUGAACUUUUAUCGUGAUCCAAAAUUGAAGUCGAUUAAUCAUCACGUGAAUCCGAGAUUUCGCAUAAAUACUCAAUUUACGUCGAAUAACAUUUCCGGAUGUUGAAAGUUUGAAUCACCACAAAGCGACACAUAAAAUAGGAAAU